AUGAAAAUUUUUUUUUCAGAGGAUGAUGCAACAUUAAAUGCAAGGUAUUCAAUUUCUAUUGCAAGAAAAAUUGGAGCUACUAUUUUCCUAUUACCAGAAUAUAUUGUUGAAGUUAGACCUCGAGGUAAACCUAGAGAUCCAGUAUGGAAUUAUUUUACUGCAACAGAAAUUCCACAUGAUUCUCACCUGUCAGCACAAAAUCAUCAUUCUUAUUUUGGCAGUGAUAGAACAGAUGCACCAAAAAUUUCAAGAGCAAAUCAAGGAAUG